AAAAUGGCCGCACUAGCRGGAUGAUAUUGGACUUUGUUUUUGACCAAUUUUGAUAGGCUAGAAAGCAAUUAUAGAACUUUAGCUGGAGAGAUGUGAGUCAAACGMUAGGGACUGGAAUUAGGCUAGGAAUGUCGUCAGUGAAAGGAAAAUUUCCAUCGAUAUCCAUCAAGCGGAAACCCAAGGCACAAGCUGGCAGUUCGAGUCAACUUUCUGCAAGUUCUACGUCUCAGAGUCAAAUAUUUCGGCCUCUAACCCCGGAGGUCGCGAGACGAGUUCUUCCAAGUGCAGAAACUAACUUCAAUAAUGGUCAAGAGAUCACAAACUCUUCAUUAUAUACUAAAGAAAAUGACUGUGAUGUUUUAGAAAGUCCCAGCAGUUCAUCGACAUUGAGUUCAGAGGCAAAAGUAGUUAUUCGAAGCCCGCGACCGCAAAUUCGUGCUUUGAAUCACCGAGAAUCUUUGACUUCGCUCGGACACGAUCGUAGCGCUGAUCGUAGCGGGUCGGUCAACAGUGAAAGCAGUGUUUACAGCGAUUUGAUAGAGCUCCCAAUGGUCGAUCAGGACGAUAUAAUUGCCUUGACUUAUCACGUAAGAGCUUUUUCAGAAGCUCUUGGGGCUCUAAGGAACACAUUCUCCGAGGAAUCAGAAAGCCCUGUAGACAGCAAACCUCCAGAAGUAAAGGCACAUGAAAGACUUGGGGAGGUACUGUCUAUCCUAAAAGGGGUCCUUAAUCAAUAUGAGCCCCUCCAUUCUACGGACAUACUUGCAGCAGCUGGUACCCUUAUUAAUAAAGUCAAAAGUCACAAUUAUGAUGAGUCAGAUCAACCUCCAGAGGAGUUUUGUGAGUCUAUUGAUCAGCUGGCUCUGGCCUUUAGUAGCAGCGUUUCAGAUUUUUUGAUGGGUGACCAAGACCUACAAGAGAAUUCCAGGUCGUUGGAGGAUUUUCCAGUCGAUGAUGAAGAUGAUAUGGAAGAAGAUGAUGGUGAUGACAUGGACGAUGAGCAGGAUGAUGAUGAUUACAGAGAUGACAGAAAAGGWUUUGACAAGAAAGAAUGYCGUAAGAUAACAUCACAAUAUUUUAUGAAAAUAAUGCGCUUUAGCUGCCAUGAGCGUWUAUUGACUUAYGUCGUACRGUAUUCUAGUGACAUAAUGCGCUUCAACUCUACGUCUUACUGUAUGACUUCAUUUUCUUYAGCACGUGAUAUAUCAGGUCAAAAAGCUGCUGAAUUGGACAAGACACUGUUUGGUCUUGAGCAUGGCGUCGACYUAACACUUCAGAGAACCAAAGUGUGGUCAAAGUAUGCGAAAGAUAUCGCUACAUAUUUAGAAAGAAGAGCUCAUUUAGAACUGGAAUUCACCAACAAGCUUGCCAAACUAGCUCAAGCAACUAGAGCGUCCAUAACUGAAGAUCGUCAUCUACCAUUUCAAACGAUCUAUGUGACGUCUCUAGAUCAAGAUAUUGAGUACGCYGAUAACUGUACUCGUGUCUACAGUUCGCUGUUAUCUUCGAAGUUCCUAGAGCCUUUGCAAAAUAGAAGAACAAGCCACGAGAAAAAGCGAAAAGAUCUKAAAGAUCAGUGGACAAAAGCGUACAAGAAACUUAAUGAUGCCAUUGGAAAACUUGAGAAAGCAAAGCAGUCAUACAUACAGAAACAACAGGAGAUUGAAAAGUUUAAGAGCACGGACACCAAAGACCCCGAGCUCUCAUCGUCAUUUACUCGCACUCAGAAGAAAAAGCAGCAAGAAGAUGUUCGCAAGGCGGACGAGGCAGAGGACUGGUACAAACAGUGUGUAUCUGAAGCUAAUGUACGACAAAAAGAGCUUUUAAAAACCAAACGUCACGUGCUGGUUGAAUUAAGACAGCUAAUAUAUCAAUGUGAUCAGACAAUGAAAGCGGUSACGUGUAACUUCUUCCAACUAAUGCAUUCCCAGUCCACUCCGGUGCCUAUUCGGUUCCAGUGCUUGGCCGAGACUAGUCGACAAUACGAACCUGGCUGUCAGUUCUCGGAYUUUGUUUAUGAGCARCUAGAAACGGCACAGUCCACAGUCGAGAGGGAAUUUGUAUUUGARCAAUCGUGCAGUUUGGACAAACAUCAUACACAUUCACGGACCAAUUCUAACGGUGGUCGGCCAACAUCUCCUUUCAACCCAAAAGGUAGCGCUUCACAACUAAUCCCACCAAAGUCCGGCGUCCGUCACCCAAUGGCUGAUCACUUGAGUGACGCAGAAAGCACCGGAAGUAAAUCUGCUCCUGCCACUCCAGACGGCAGCCCGAUAAUAAAACCAAGACGUAUUCCCGCRACAUUAAACGACGAUUCUACUGAUGAAGAAUCACCUACUGAAGAAGAUCGUCCUAAACCAAGUGGUCCAUUUCCUAACGUUCGCAUGUCAUCUGCCGCCAAGACACACAARUUCAAGAAGCUUCGCGCGCCUUCCCGAUGCCGCGACUGCGAUAGUUACGUAUACUUUAACGGCGCUGARUGUGCAGACUGUGGGCUCACUUGCCAUCGAAAAUGUUUAGCAAAGAUUGUACUCCGUUGCGAUAAAAAGCGAAGUUCUGGAAAUCGAUCUUCAGAUUAUAAUGGUGGACGACGUAUGACAACCUUCGGUGUCGACUUCUACUCACAUCUUCAAGCCACACGAAAAGAUGGCGAGUGUGUGCCYUACAUCGUGUCGUCAUGUAUCGARGAAAUCAACAAUAGAGGACUUAUGUUCAAAGGAAUUUAUCGUGUCUCUGGGGUUAAAUCGAAAGUUGAAAAAGUUUGCCAGGCAUUCGAGAACAACAACGGUACAGUAGAUUUGAGUUACAUACCACCACACGUAAUAGCAGCAGUGUUGAAGCUUUAUCUACGGCAGUUACCAGAACCACUUUUCACCUUCAAACUGUAUCCAGAAUUCAUCAAAAUUGCAAAACUGGAGUGCCCAAAUGAUCGUAGCAGUAUCGAAUACAAUGAAGUUGUCAACAAACUCCGUGAAGUGGUUGUCAAACUUCCCAGAGCRCAUUUCAAAACUGCAUCCAAGAUUAUCCACCAUCUUAAACUGAUUUCUAUUAACGAGGARGAAAACCAAAUGUCAGCUGGYAAUCUUGGUAUUGUGUUUGGACCAACUCUUCUUCGUCCUCGUGAGUCAGCCAGUACAGACUCGGUCUCAAUGUCAGCGUUGGUCGACAUGGCUUACCAAGCAAAGGCAGUUGAACUUCUAAUCAACAAUCCACAGGUUUUCGAUACACCUGGAGUUGAUGAUCCAGCAUCACAAGACACACCAGUAGAGGAGUUCAACCGAGUGAAAAAUGAGUCGAUWUCAAGUGAUGUUCGCAGUGUUCGUAGUCGAGAUUCAAGUUCUUCUCAAGGAGUUUUCGUCGCUGAUGAUGGAAGCUCAGACACGGCACAUGAUGACACCAUUGAUCUAAUGCCUGAAAACCUGUCCUCUGAUGACUUUGUACGUACUAAAAAUACUGACAAUAAUCUUGUUUCGUCCAAGACGUCUACGUCGCCAUCUAAACGUCUUGGUUUCGAAAGUGGGUUCUUGGAUUUAUUGGCCAAAAGCAAUAGCAGACCACAGGAUAAGGAAGACGAUUAUGGAAUGCCAGAGUUUUUACUUCAGCCAGGAACAGUGGAACCAAAGGACACUGAUGAGAGUAACGAUGACAGUACGCAAGGGACAAGCGGCUUCUGUACUCCAGACGAUGACUUGGACAGUUCUAAAGGAAGUCUAAACCGAGACGACUUAAAACCGCCAAAGUCUCCCUCUUCUCUGUCUCCCACAGARAAUGUUGAAUUCUCGCUACCAUCAUCGAGUUCAAUGCCUGAUAUUGCAACUGUAAUGUCACGUAGCUCGUCAACCUACUCAUUUGGGAGUGCAGCCGUUAGCUUUGGAUCUGUUCUACCUGACGACCAACUACUUCCGGAUUAUUCAGAAUGUACCGAAUCAAAGCCGAAAAUUCCCGAAGUACCUGGCGAAAAUAACUCGGGCUACAUUCGUCCAUAUCCGAAAAAAACCGUAGACGAUUCAUCAGUGCCGAGCCGAACUCGUUCUCGGCCGCACAAUCUCGGGUUUCUUAAGAGGAAUUCCGACUUGCCUGGAAAGUUGACACGUUUGGGGAUUUUCCCUUCGGCCGGAAAAUCGUCUGGUAGUGAAAGCGAUGUUACUACAAAGAGGACGCAGAAACCUACACAGGAGGUUUUGUUGGAUGCUUCCGGUUCAAGGAAACACCCAGGAAUCACCGAGGCGUUGCGCGGAAUGCAUAUGGUAUACGAUCCUAUUUUACGCGGUAAUGACGAAGAAACGAAGAAGGUAUCGUCUGACAAUCAACAUGAAGAGGAUYCCAUGGCCGAUGAAGCUGUUGCAAGUGAAACUGGAACAGAAAGCGAGCCCGCGAAGUCAUCUAAAGAAUGGUAUAUAUCAGCGCAGGAUAACAUUCACGAACUGGAUAAUAAAGACAAUACCAUCGAGUUUGUACCGACAGAAAAUCAAGUUAACAAUGAUAAUGAUGAUUACAACACGGUAAUUAUUCCUCUAGAGAAUACCGCUAGCAAUCUUGAAAAUGAAAAUCCAAUUUGUGAUGAACAAGCGGCGAAAGAAGAGGAAUUGAAUGGUGACAUGAGUGAAGAAACGAUUUUGGAAAAAGAGAAAGAAAUACUACAUUGUAGCGGAGAUGAAGAAAGCAGUAAAGGUGACGAAACGUCGACAAAAGAAGAGAACUCGGAAACAAAAGACCAAACUGAAGUUAUUGUUAGCGAUGAAGUCCGUGAAAAGAUACGAAAAUCACCUCGCAUAUCAGUUAAAGACCGUCGAAAACAGUACGAAUCACCGAACAAUAACGAACAAUCGCCGGAAACUCCCGAAGGAAUCCGAAAACCACAAUCUUCGAUCGGAAACAUCGACCUUGCGUCGCGCAAACAGUUCUUUGAAACAAUCGAGAAAGGCACCAAGAAAGAAACUUUCAAAAAACUCAAUGAUAUCUCAAAAAAAGCUAAAAGUAGCUCAUUAAACUCAUCUAAAGAAGAUCUUAAUCAAACUGAGGAAACAAAUCCAAUUUCAAAACUGAACUUUGACAGGCUUKAUAGCUUAGAACAUCAUUCGCGGGCUGAAAACGUGGACGGAAGCAUCACGGGAAAAACUAAAGAACCAGUAAAACUGACGUCACGGAGAGUCGACAUCUUAUUGGACGAGAGCACACCCCCACAAGAAAAUCAAAAGAAAGCCUUACAUUCAACAAACUCAUAUCCACUGGUUCAGAAAUCUCCGAAGCCACCCCGACGAGGUCGCCGACAGUUUCCCGAAGAGAAGGCACAGGAAGACCGUGAGCCUCAGUUUGUGUAGAAAUACACCAAAGUGUAAAUAGGGUUAUCGAUUUAAGUUUGUUUAACUUUUUAACAAUUAGUCUCAUUUAGUUUUUAGUCCAAGGAAAAGCCGUAACACAAAUUAUCAGAUAUAUUCUAUGAAAUUAAGGUGUUUAGAUUUUAGUAGAGAAGGAUUAUAAUUACAUUUCGCUGUAAAUUGAUUGUUAAUAAUAUACAUGCACUUAUUGUUGACUAUUACAAGGUGCCUUUUCGUACGAAAAUAAUAGAUUUAAUGUGAAUAUUGUCUGUUGUCAAAUAGUUCUUAYUGCAAUAGCAAUACCGCUAUCCACAAAUAACCACCAGUGCUCGUGAUGACGCAGCCCUCCCUUGAUGAAUGAAAAAUCAAUCAAAAAUACAUGUCCAAAACCAAAA